AUGGGUGGCUCCUCUCCUCUCCCCCUCAGCUUGCAGAGCAAGUUCCAGCGAGCUCGAGCCGGGCCUCUGUCUCGCCUGGGCGACUUUCACACAAACUUGAACAUCCUCCGCAAUAUCAUCUUCGCGCUCUUCCUCCUCCGCCUCUUCCGCCGGUCUUUCUAUUUCCUCCGCGGCCAUGGCAUCCUCGGCUCUCUCGCCCUCCUCUACCACUCGACGCACAAGAACCUGUACCGCAUGUUCCUCAACCUCCCCGGCGUGCGUUCCAAAGUCGCGCAGCAACUGGCCUCGGCGCGCACCGACCUGGAGAACAAACUAGUCCCGGCCGACCCGGGCGUGAACAGGUACCUCCACCUGCCCAAGGAGCCAUGGACGAAAGAGCAGCUCAGCGCCGAGCUGGAGACGCUGUCGGCGAUGAAACGCACGCGGUGGGAGGAGGGCAAAGUCUCGGGGGCGGUCUACCACGGCGAGUCGUCGCUGCUGGACAUCCAGAGCGAGGCGAUGAAACUGUUCAGCGUGGCCAAUCCCAUCCACGCCGACGUCUUCCCUGCGGUCCGCAAAAUGGAAGCCGAGGUCGUGGCCAUGGUCCUUGCACUAUUCAACGCUCCGGACACAGGCGCCGGCGUCACCACCUCGGGCGGGACGGAGUCAAUCUUGAUGGCCUGCCUCUCAGCACGCCAGAAGGGCUACGUCGAGAGGGGCAUCACCGAACCCGAGAUGAUCAUCCCGCACACUGCGCACGCCGCCUUUCACAAGGCAGCGUCCUACUUUAAGAUCAAGCUGCACGUGGUGCAGUGCCCGGCGCCGUCCUACGAAGUCGACGUCUCGCGCGUCCGCCGCCUCAUCAACCCCAAUACCGUCCUCCUCGUCGGCUCGGCGCCCAACUACCCGCACGGGAUCGUCGACCCGAUCCCCUCGCUCGCCAAAGUCGCCCUGGCGUAUAAAAUCCCGCUGCACGUAGACUGCUGUCUCGGCUCGUUCCUGAUGCCGUGUCUCGCCAAGGCCGGGUUUCCCUCGCCCUUCGCCGACGAAGGAGGCUUUGAUUUCCGCCUUGCGGGGGUCACGAGCAUCAGCGUCGACACGCACAAGUACGGCUUCGCGCCCAAGGGGAACUCGUGCAUCCUGUACCGCGACCGCCAGCUCCGCGAGUACCAGUACUUCGUCGCCCCGGGGUGGAGCGGCGGCGUGUACGGGUCGCCGUCGAUCGCGGGGUCCCGGCCCGGCGCGCUGAUCGCCGGCUGCUGGGCGAGCAUGAUGGCCGUGGGCGAGAAGGGGUACAUCGACGCGACGCACAAGAUUGUGAGCGCCAAGCUGACGAUCGAGAACGCCGUCAAGGAACACCCCGUGUUGAAAUCCGCGCUGCGCAUCCUGGGCCAGCCGAUGGUCAGCGUCGUGGCGUUCGAGAGCCUCGACCCGGAGGUCAGCAUCUACGACGUGGCCGACGGCAUGAGUCGCAAGGGCUGGCAUCUCAAUUCCCUGCAGGAUCCGCCGGGCGUGCACGUCGCGGUGACGCUGCCCAUGACGCGGCCCGGCGCCGUGGACGGCCUAAUCGACGAUCUCGUCGCCGUGGUCAAGGACGAGAAGGAGAAGAUCUUGAGCCAGGAAGUCACGGGGAGUGGCGUCGUCGGGGGUACCACCGUCAAGGAGACCCGCAAAAAGGGUAACAGCGCGCAGCUGUACGGCGUCGCGGGCAGUCUGCCGGACAAGAGCAUCGUCGAGAAACUCGUCGUCGCCUACCUUGAUACUUUGUAUAAAGCGUGA